GUGGAAACGUCCCUGCUGCCGCAUUGAUGAGCAUUUCCCACAAUCAUGAAUCUCGGGGAUGGCCUGGUGUUUGAACUUGAAAAUGGGAAACCCAGGCUAAUUUUACUCCGUCCUGGCACUGAGAAUCCAGCUAAGAUCUCCUCCAGGCCCAGAGCUGCUCCCAUCCUGAGCUCCAGACAACCCUCCUCUCUCCUUGUGGACCAGAAACUGAGUGAGGAGCAGCCAGUUGGGCCCCCUGUGGGGACACGCAGGGAGAUCAGGAGGAAGACGGGAGGUGCACCAGUCUCCUCCUCUACCUUCAACAGCUCUGACGGGAGGAGCAACAGUCUGACAUCAGGAAACCCUUCAAAGAUAAGAACCAAUUCCACCACAGAGAGAACAGCCAAGGUAAGGUCAGCCAAAGACCCAGACAGACUCAAACACAGCCCUACCGUCCUGUCUUCAUUGACCAAUGGCAAAGUGGGACCACUUCCAAACGCGGAGAUUCUAACAAAUGGCAAGCCGGGACUGAAGGAUGACACAGUGAUUUCAGCCGGAGAUAGGGCGGGAGUAAAGGAUGACCCAACCAAUGAGGAGGCAGAGUUGAAGGAUAGCGCGGUGUGUCUAACCAAUGAGAAGCUGCAGCAGAUUCUCAACACCAUUCAGACCUCAGAGAGUCACCAGCGUCCUCCAGACCACCAGCAGACCCGGGGAAAACCUCCACUUAGUGAACUGGACUCCUCUGUGGUCAAGAAGGGGAGAGAGACUGGUGCAACUGGUAUCUUACAGGAUAAAGAAAAGACUUCUGACGGUGUGGACACAGCAGGUCUGUUCAGCUGGCUGACAGACAGACACGCCGACACCAAGACUGCCAUGGACACCAAGAAGGCUCAGUGGAGGAAAGAGCUAGAUGAUCAGAUAUCCAUGAAGCAGCAGAGUUCAGCUUCUGCCAGGCUCCAGACUGUAGAGAGUACACACAGUGCUCCGUCAGGUCAGGGCUCCAUCAGUCACAGACAGCAGCCUGCUGCCAUGAGAUCCAACUUCAAACUGGGAGAGGAGACCCCUGCGGAGGAGGCGUGGGAUGCUGAGAGGAAAGAGGAGCAGAGGAAACACUGGCUGGGGGAGCUGGACAGACAGAGGGACGAGGGGAUUCAACGCCGCAGGCAGGAGAAAAAGCUCCAUCAACAGAUAGAAGACCAUGACCGCUGGGCCAUGCACUUUGACUCCCUACAGAGGAGGCUUCCUGUCCAGGCUGAAACCUCCUUCAGCCUCCCUCCUCCUCCAGCAGUGGGGCCAGCCAUGUCCGGGGGCCGAGACAAUGGGGAGUGGGAGGCUGGCAGCUCCCUGAGCCAAAGGAGGCUCCCGUCCAGCAGCCUUUCUCUGUUCUGGGACACUCUGAGCAGCUGUGGAGAGAGCGUGGACAGAGUCAGUGUGGAUACCAGCACUAGGCAGAGCACCAGAGCCAGCUACCUGCGGAGCAUGACGGCCCUGCUGGACCCGGCUCAGCUGGAGGAGAGAGAAAGGAGGAGAGCCAAGCAGCUGGAGCAGCAGCGAGCAAUCGAGGCCCAGGUGGAAGAGCGGCGUGUGCAGAGGGAGCGGGAGGAGGAGCACAGGAGAGAGGAGGAGCAGCAGGAGCAGAGGAGGGUGGCAAUGGAGAGGGAGGCCAUACAGAGACAACACCAGCUCGAGACUCACAGGGAGAAAGAGAGGGAUCAGUUGAGUCGGCGGACAGAGGAGGUGUUCCGCAGUGUACAGAGAGCCCAGCAGGAGGCGCUGAGGAGUAAACAGCAGCAGCGAAUCAAGGAGCUGCUUAGGAAGGGCCAUGAUGUCACCAAAUUACUGCACACAAUGGAGGGUGGCAGUCAGUUUAUGGAAGAGGCAAAGAGUGUUGGUUCCCCUCGUAAAGACACAGCUGUGCAGACAGUGAAGGGCUCUGACUCAGAGCUGCUGUUGCUGAGCAAUGUGACUGACAUGCUGUCAUAUUACCAGCCAACACCUCCUCUACUCUCUCCUCCUCCUCUUGUGGAUGCUGAGCCUGAGCCUGAGGCUGCCUACCUCACCAUGAGGACAGAGAAGGAGAACGCCUGUCUGACUGAGCCCGGAGGAGAGAGAGGAGAUCCCUACAAACCAUUCACUCUGACGGAGAGGAGAGAGACAAGGAGACCAGGGUGGAACACAAAGAGGCCGAGUCGUCAGUUCAUCCCGGCAUCACAACGUUACCCAUUGGGUCUCCAGAGAAGCCGACAGGAGAGCCGGCAGAGGAGGCAAGCGGAGCUCCUCUCCCUGCAGGAGAGAAACUGUUCGUCCAGGAGUGACCCUGCACCUCCCCCCGCUCCCCCUGGAUGCCUACAGGAAUCACACCAUGCCACAAAACGCAUACCUGACCUGGACUUAGCCCACAACUGCACCAGGGCCAUGCCGUCUAGGAAGGUGGAGAAUGGAAACCAACCGACUGUCUGCGGCGAGAGGGGUUGCGCUCCUCCUGUAGCUGCUGUCAGACACAGACUGAAGAGCCAGCAACACCCCGCCUCCUCCGCUGCCCCCCUUCCCCCCCAACUGGAGUUUGUCCCCUACGUCAGGACCAAUGAAAUGUACCUGGACCCCAUCUCCACACACACAGACACACGCCAGAGGAGUCCCUCCUCUUCCUCCUCACCUCCACCCUCCCAGCGGGAAAAAGACCCCUCCCUUCAACCAGAGCUGCUCGGCAACACACACACACACAGACAACAAGAGAUCUUGAGAGAACUGGCCCAACUCCGCCAGGGUUUGCUGCAGAAACGGAGAGAGUUGGAGACUGGUAUGAACCCUCUGCUGAAGCUCCAUAUUGAUGGCCUGCAGUCGGCCGCAGCAACGCAAAAAAUGUGA